AUGUCUCAUUCGGGAGAUGAGUCUGGGGAGGAAAAUUCUUCAGCUUACUUUGAACCCAUCGUCUCACGCCCUUUGAUCGACGUUAAAACUCUUGAGGAGGAUGAAGCAUGCCUUUUCAGAGCUCGGGCGAAACUUUUCCGCUUUGAUGCCAAAUCAAACGAACCUGAGUGGAAAGAAAGGGGGACGGGGGAACUCAAAAUUCUUAGAAACUUCACUACGCCUCACUGUCGAAUCAUCAUGCGUCGAGACAAGACGUUGAAGGCAUGCACUUUUUUUAUACGCGAUAGUUAUAUUUGUGCAAAUCAUUACAUCCUUUCCUGUAUGGAAUUGCAACCAGUCACGGGUUCGAAUAGAGGUUUCAUUUGGAAGGCUCCUAACGAUUUUGCGGAUAAGGAGAUAAAAGCCGAAAUUUUGGGUGUUCGAUUUGCAAACGCCGAAAUUGCACUGGAAUUCAAGAAGGUUUUUAACAACUGCAAGCAGUCGUUGUAUGGGCUUUCAGAUCAACCAGCAAAGUGUUCCGAUAGUGCUGUGGUAGAGCCAGUUAGGGCUACUGAUAAGAAAACUUAUUCUACGGCUCCAGGUUGUGAAUCAAAGGCUGCAGCGGAUCAGUUGACGGAUAGAUUGUCCAAAAUUCAACUUCAGUCAACGAUGGAAAACCAGUCAGUUGACGUGGCAGCUCAUUAA